AUGGGGAGCUCUCCGAAACAACCGAACUUUCUAUUUAUUCUCGCAGAUGACCUCGGCUUCUCAGAUAUAGGCUGCUAUGGCUCGGAGAUCCAAACACCCAACAUCGACCGACUUGCUGCCGAAGGCGCGCGCAUGCUCAAUCACCAUGCCGCCGCCGCCUGCUCACCAACGCGAGCAAUGCUCCUCAGCGGCACAGACGCGCAUCUCGGCGGGCUAGGUACUCUGAUCGAAUUCAAAAAAAACGCCCAGGGCUCAGAGCGGUGGUCGGGCAAGGCGGGCUACGAGGGGUUUCUGAACCGCGACGUGGCUACCCUGCCUGAGAUCCUGGAGGACAAUGGGUACUUUACUGUUAUGUCUGGGAAGUGGCAUCUUGGUAUGCGCACGUCGCAGGGCCCAUGGGAGCGCGGGUUCCAGAAAGCCUUUGCAAUGCUUCCUGGAUGUUGCAAUCAUUAUGGAUGGGAACCUGUUCACGAGAAGCUCCCCGUCGGCGGUCGACCAAUUCAUGCUGAGAUGGGUCAGAAAGUAGAUAUAACACCUAACAAAACAGAAGACCCCGAGGGGUUUUACUCGACGGACUACUACACGGACAAUCUGAUUAAAUAUCUUGAAGCGAGAACACAGGAGGAGGAAUCGAAGCCGUUCUUCUCGUUCCUGCCAUACACUGCGCCCCAUUGGCCUCUACAGUGUUCCCGCGCACAGCGUGAUAAAUACAAAGGGGUCUACGAUGAUGGUCCAUAUGCCCUGCGCGAACGCCGACUUAAGAGCCUUGUCGAGAUGGGCAUCAUCGACGAAACCGUCAUCCCCCAUAAAGUCGAGACCAGCAAGGUUGGCGCCGAAGAGUGGGAUACCCUGACGGCAGAGGAAAGAAAGCUGUCGACUCGCGCAAUGGAGACAUACGCAGGCAUGGUGGACUCGAUCGAUGUGAAUAUUGGUAAGGUGAUCGAGUAUUUGAAGAAAACUGGCGAGUAUGACAACACUUUUAUUGUCUUCAUGAGCGACAAUGGGGCAGAGGGCGCUGCGUUGGAGGCAAUCCCUGUCUUAGGGACCGACAUCAAGUCCGCCAUUCACAAGUACUGCGACAACUCCUACGACAACAUUGGUGCCUACAACUCGUAUACCUGGCUCGGUCCACUAUGGGCACAAGCAUCGACCGCACCCUCAAGGCUAUUCAAAUGUUUCCCAUCACAGGGCGGCAUUCUAGUGCCAUGCGUAAUUAAGCCCCCUGCAAAUAGUUUCCCCCCAUUAGCCCCAGGCUCGCUCAGUCAGUCAUUUACAACCGUCAUGGACUUUGUUCCUACAUUCCUUGACCUUGCGGGUGUAUCUUUACCGCAGCCUACAACCAGCGGCGCCCGAGCGAUGACCAAAUUCCGCGGCAGAGAAGUGCAUGCUGUCCGGGGUAAGUCGUGGGUACCGUUCUUUGGUCGAGGAGAAAGCGUCGAACAAGAUACGACCUGGGCAAUUCAUUCUUCAUCAGAGCCGAUUGGAUGGGAGCUCUCAGCCCGUGGCGCCCUGCGCAAGGGAGACUGGAAGAUUGUCCAUUUUGCGAAGGCACAAGGGGGCGCAGGAGAGGGGGACGAUGGAUGGGAGCUGUUUCAUGUAGUUCAGGACCCUGGAGAGACAAACGACCUUGCACAACAAGAGCCAGAGAAGCUGCGAGAACUGCUUCAAUGCUGGGAUGAGUAUGUGGUUGAAUGUGGAAUUGUGUGGGGAGAAGGGGCUGCGGCGUCGGGCUUGGGCAAAGAUGAGGCACCAGAGCUGUGGGAGGACGAAAUGGAGCUGCAGAGGUGCUGGAUGGAUGCUCGGGGAGGAGCGAAGCCUGAAUUUUAG